GAAGAACACAAGCGAGAAAGCGAGAAGCUGUGAGAAGAUGGAGGAAAAGGUGAAAGCCGAGGAGAAGAAAAUUGGUAUGAUCGAGGCUUGGUUGAGGAAGCACCGUCUUCUCUACGCCGGAGCCACCAAACACCCUCUUAUUCUUAGCAUUCGUGAUGGCACCAUCCAAAUUCCUUCCUUCAAAACAUGGCUAGCACAAGAUUACUUGUUCGUUCGAGCGUUUGUCCCAUUCGCGGCGAGUGUACUGAUAAAAGCUUGGAAGGAAUCAGAUGACAAUGGUGACAUGGAAGUGAUAUUGGGGGGCAUUGCUUGUCUAGAGGAUGAGAUAUCAUGGUUUAAGAAAGAAGCCGACAAGUGGGGUAUUUCACUUUCUGAUGUUGUUCCUCAGCAGGCCAACAUAAACUAUUGUGGGUUGCUGGAAAGUUUAAUAAGUCCAGAGGUGGAAUAUACUGUGGCUAUUACUGCAUUUUGGGCCAUUGAAGCAGUGUAUCAAGAGAGCUUUGCCCACUGCAUUGAAGAAGGCUCCAAAACCCCACCAGAACUGAAAGAGACUUGUGAAAGAUGGGGCAAUGAGGGCUUUGGUCAGUAUUGUCAAACUCUGCAAAAUAUUGCCAAUCGGCGCCUACAGAAAGCUUCUGACGAUGAACUCAAAAAGGCGGAAGUUAUGUUACUAAGCGUUCUUGAGCACGAAGUUGAAUUUUGGAACAUGAGCCGUGGAAAUGUCUGAAUUUCUUUUUUAAAGCCAUCAUUGUUGUGAUGAAAUAAUCAAGGCCCGCCCAUGUUGUUUCUAUUUGACAAUUUACAGCGUAAAGUACUGUACGGAAUGUUUGUUUCCUAGAAUAAAUAGAGUAAACCAUAACUGGGAAAAAUAAUGAAGGAAUGCUGCUACUUGGCAAAAUCUCUAGCAUGUAGAUACAGCAUAAUAUUGGAACCUUAUAUUUUGUUCAAGUCAAUGUACCAUUAGCCUUUCAGCGAAAAGAAGAAAAGAAACUUGGUUUCUGAAUUCUGAAGUUGGAAGACGACUAAAGAAAACGAAAAACCAAGUUUAUUUU